AUGCCUGAAACUAAAUUAGCAGCUCACAGUGACUUUCAACUUGUAAGGGAUGACCCAAAUUAUGUCCUUUACCAGCCUUACAAAUCUGAAGAAAAUAAGUCCCUGGUCGCUAAUUAUGUCCAUCAAAAGGCCCUUGCAUUCUGUCCUUACUACUUUGUUGAAAAGUCUGGCAAGGGCUCGGUUGUCUUCUUUUAUCCUAACGAACAAUUGUGCGGGUACAAAAACAUCUUGCACGGUGGCUUCAUUGCUUCUAUGCUCGACGAAGCCUUGGCUUACGGUAUUUUUGGCAACUUUGCGUCUCGCCUAGGCGUCACCGUUAAUUUGGAUAUAACUUAUGUGGCCCCUUCUAUCUGUGGACACCUGUACAAGAUCGUUUGUAACACUACGAAAAUAGAAGGAAGGAAGGGUUGGAUUUACGGUGAACUUUAUCGCCUUUCUGACAACGAAGAGCCUACACUCUGCGUAAAGGCCACUGGUUUUUUCGUAGAGCCUUCCAAACUCAAUUUAGAAAAACAUGUGUAA